UCUGAAGAAUUUUCGGGACCCAUGCUCUCUUUUCAUACUGGAUCGCGUGUGCCUUACAGGGGAGAUGACAGUCAAGCCAGGGCGGCACGGUGGGCACAAGGAGGCUGUGCUGCCAGUGCCGGAACCGGGAGCGGAGACGCCCUUUGAGAGGACUGACGCCGAUGGCUAUCACAGGGUAUCAGCCGUCCGGCGCCGCCUGCCGCCGGUCUGCGUCUCUCUGACGCUGCUGCUGGCCACCGCUGUGCUGGUCGUCCUGCUGCCCGGCGCCGAGGUGGCGCGGCCCCGGCAGCGGCUCGGCUCCUGCAGCAUCACGCUGGCGGAGAGCAUUCCCAUCGGUCUGACGUUCAACUCGAGCCUGGAGCUGCCGACCACGUAUGACGCCUGGAAGCAGCUGCUGGGCAUGGCCGGCAGCUCGGUCAACAUCGCCUCCUACUACUGGACGCUGCUGGGGGCCGACGUGCAGCCCGACCCCACAGCCGCCCAGGGUGAGGACAUCUUCCAGCGUCUGAUGGACACGGGUCUGCGCUCCGACAUCGACAUGAAGAUCGCCCGCAACGUCAUCAGUUCGGUGGACUACACGAGCAACGACACACAGCUGCUGGCCGCCGCGGGCGCCGCCGAGGUGCGCUACCUGGACUUUGACCGGCUGGUCGGCGCCGGCAUCCUGCACACCAAAAUGUGGGUGAUCGACUCCAAGCACUUCUUCGUGGGCAGUGCCAAUACCGACUGGCGCUCGCUGACCCAGGUGAAGGAAAUGGGCGCCCUGGUCUCAGAAUGUGACACGCUGGCUGCCGACAUGGAGAAAAUAUUCCAGGUGUACUGGCUGGUGGGCGCCGAGAACGCCACCAUCCCGGUCGAGUGGCCCGAGGAGUACCACACCACCAUCAACAAGGAGAGCCCGCUGCCGGUACAGCUGCCCGGAGGCCCGGCGCGCGUCUACCUCUCGAGCUCCCCGCCGCAGCUGUGCCCGCCGGGCCGGACCGGCGACGGAGACGCCAUCGUGGACACCAUCAACUCGGCACGCCAGUUCAUCCACAUCGCCGUCAUGGACUACUACCCGAUGCUCAUCUAUGACCAGUUCACUUUUUGGCCGGUGAUUGACGACGCGCUGCGGCGCGCGGCCGUCGACCGCGGCGUCUCGGUGCGCCUGCUGGCCAGCGUGUGGAACCACACGCAUGACGACAUGCUGGCGGGCCUGCGCUCGCUGCAGGCGCUCGACGCCGUCCGCUCCCACGUGCACAUCCAGGUGCGGCUGUUCAAGGUGCCCGACAUGGAGCCGGGGCCGCAGAUCCCGUUCAGCCGCGUCAACCACAACAAGUACAUGGUGACGGACCAGGUGGCCUACAUCGGGACGUCCAACUGGUCGGGCGACUACUUUGUCAACACGGGCGGCAUCGGCCUGGUGGUGAACUCCAGCCGGCCCGGCGACGACGACUCUGUGCGCGGCCAGCUGGCGGCCGUGUUCGAGCGCGACUGGGAGUCGGAGCACUCUGCGCCGCUGCAGGCCGCCGCCAGACGGUAACUGCCCGCCGCACCCACCGGCACCACACCAUGACAAGGCCCCGCGCCGCUGACAACAUUCUACCGGGACUGCUGGAUCUCAGUAGCUGCUAACGUGGUAGGAUUCCGACUGUACCAUUUUUGGACAGCUAUCAGUAUUUCCGGUCUUUGACUUUACACUGCGAUUGUGUAUUCAUGGGACUCUCAUUAACUAUUGAACCUAUAAGCCAAAGUUAUCUCAGUGGCAGCUGGUAGUGGCACGGACUUUAACCGAGCCAUGAUGCAUGCAGUGUUCCAUUGAGUGUGUGUGCUCCGCUAGCGACUGCCGGUUUCUAUCUCUAGUAUCUCUCACCGGAUCGUUCCAUAUCUCGGGGUUCCGAUUCUCCGACAUUUCGCAGCUGCAGAAGCAGGGAUUGUCUCGGGCGCAAUGUGGCAAAUCAAAUGGCCUAUUUUAUUGGGGAAUUUUUGUAUUUACAAUACAAGGGUGUCCAUAAC